AUGUCUACCCAAGAGCGUGCGCCGCUUCUCGCCGACGACCAAGAACACGGUCAAGAGGCAAACUCUCGGGCAGCUUCAAUCCAGGUCCACCAAGUGCCAACGCGACGUCUGGCCCUCAUCCUAGGGAGUAUCUGGAUCGGUGUCGUCUUCACUGCAAUCGAUGCUACCGUCAUGGCUACACUGCUUCUCCCCAUGACGACCGACUUCAAUUCUUUGAAAACGCUGUCGUGGCUGGGCUCGUCGUUCCUGAUUGCCGCCACUGCUGGAAUCCCUCUCGCCGGGCGAUUGACCGACAUCUUUGGCAGACGGGCGGGAGCUGUGCUCUGCAAUCUGGUCUUCGCUUUGGGUACUCUUCUGUGCGGCCUGGCGCCGAAUGAAGCCACCCUUGUUCUUGGCCGUGUUCUUGCAGGUUUGGGCGCCGGUCCUUUGCGCACCAUAUCUUCCUUCGUGUCGUCGGAUCUUGUGCCUACAAAGAAGCGUGGCCUUGUGCAAGGCAUUAACCUCGUUUUUAUGGGCGCUGGCACUGCCUUUGGGGGCUUUUUCGGCGGCUGGAUGAAUCGACUCCUCGGCUGGCGAUGGGCUUUCCUCAUUCAAGUACCCUUUCUCUUGCUCGGCACCUUCCUCGUCUAUCUCUUCCUGGAUACGCCCAGGAAGCUUUCAGAUGUGCCGCCGCUUCGACGUAUCGACUGGCUCGGCUGCUCCACUCUUGUCUCGUCUUUGACACUUCUUCUCGUUGGUCUAAACGCUGGAGGCAAUCUUGUACCCUGGUUCCACCCGCUCCUCCUAGUCACCAUUCCGUUAUCCGUCGUAGCUCUCGUCGCAUUCGUUUGCAUCGAGUAUGCGUGGGCUGCUGAGCCCAUCCUACCACUGCACAUGUUCGCCAACCGCACAGUUUCCGCGUCAUGCCUGACGUAUUUCUUCGCGCACAUGGCGUCCUUUGGUAUCAUUUACUUCAUUCCUGUCUAUGCUCAGAUCAAAGGUCACACAUCCACUCAAGCAGGUCUACAAUUCAUACCCCAGGCAGCUGGUAAUGCGACUGGCGCUGUACUUGCGGGCAUAAUUAUUCGCCAGACAGGCAGAUAUCUCAUGCUCAACGCUGUGUCCCAGCUUUGCCUACUGCUCGCCGCUAUUCUGUUUUUCACACUACGCGACAGCACUCCAGCGUGGCAUCCAUUUGCUUAUCUUGCUCUUCAUGGGUUCGGUUUCGGUAUAAUGCUAGUCGUUGCCUUCAUUGCUUUGCUCAGUGCCAUCCCUCAUUCCGAGCAGGCGGUCGGAACCUCAGCAUUGAUCGCACUUGGCUCCGAAGGCUCAACUCUAGGCGUAUCCAUAUGCUCCACUGUCUUUCAAAACGUACUCCAGACGAACUUGUACAACCGACUCGGCGACUCAAAGGAGGCCACAGACAUCAUCAAGCGGGUCAGAGAUUCCUUCGGUGCGGUGCCCACUGUUGAUCCUGCAAUUCGACCCCUCGUUCAGGAAAGUUUCAUGGCAAGCGUACAAGCUGUCUUUGCUCUCACUUUAGGCCUGAAUCUACUCGCUUCAAUAUUGUCCUUUACCAUGAAGCAAAAUACAUUGCAUAACAGGAUCUCGCGAACGGAUGAAGCCAGUUGA